AUGGCCCUCCCGCACCCGAUCCGCCUCCUGCUGCUGCUCGUGUGGGUCUGCAGCGCUUGCUGCGGCUCCCCGUCCCCUUCAACUACUGCAGCCAUGCCUGUAUGCGCCGGCUCUGGGGUGCCGGUGGUGCUGACGCAACCGUUGGGCUUCUGCAACGAUGUCGUCGGCCUCAGCUGCUGCGACCCCGCCGCCGACGCCGUGCUCAGGGAGGAGUUCGAGGCCCUAAACGUGCCCGCGUCCGACGCCACCUGCGCCACCAUCGUCAAGGCCAUCCUCUGCCAAGUAAAUCCACUCGGACGCUAUCUGUUGUUGUUGCUGAUUUCCUUUAAUUUGUACCUACCCUUCUCUUGCGUGCAGAGGUGCAUACUCUCGACGACCUCUCCAAAGCCGGUCAACUCAGGCAGCAUCGGGUCUAUUCCCCCAUGGUGCACCACUCGGCCGCCCCCGUCGACGGCGUCCUCCGCCCAGUCCCAGCAGCAGGAUGCCGGCAUAUGCCUCGAGCGACUCGCCGGCGCCGGCGGCGCCGCCUACCUGGGCAUGGCGGCGCACCCGGACGGCUCCGGCAGGGCCUUCCUGUACACCCAGGACGGCAAGGUCUGGCUCGUCGCGGUGCCCGCACGGGGCUCCGGAGCGGCGUUGCAGGUCGACGGCGACGGGGCCAUCCUCAACCUCGGGGGUCCGACGCUCAUCAGGCUGACAGGGCUUGCGCUCCACCCGAAGUUCGCGGCCAGCGGACGCUUGUUUGUCUCGUACACCUGCGAUAGCGCCACCUCGCCGGCGUGCGGCGGCGCUGCAUCAUCGUCCUCGUCUGCUGCUGCUCGGAAUGGGUCCAGGUACCAGCUCGUUGUCGAAGAGUUCACCACCAAGGGCGGCGCUGACUAUGGCAAGAUUACCGAAACGAGGAGGAUUUUUGCCAUGGGUUUGCCGCCGCAGCUAGUGGACGCGCCCAACCAGCAGCAUGGCGGCCAGAUCUUCUUCUGUCCGGGUGACGAUGAUGGGCAUCUCUACCUCGCCGCGGGGCACGGUGGCGGAGCAGGAGGCGAAGCGAGCUCCCCGUUUCUUGGCAAAAUCAUCAGGCUCCACGUCGACCGCAUGCCGGACAACAACGAGCCUAAGAUUUUUGCCAGUGGACUCAGCAACCCGAGGGGUUGCAGCUUCGAUUCCAUGAGGCCUUCCGACUUGUACUGUGCGGGAGUGGAUGAGCGACAGAACGAGCAGGUGUACCUGAUCUCCAACCACAGUGCCUCUCCGGCCACGGCUGCCGUCUCCGUCGUGAUCAGCCACGGCCGUCCAACCGGCGGCCUCAUCGUAGGUGGGAUCCUCAAUCGAGGUCCCGCUGAUCCCUUCUUGAAUGGAAGGUACGUGUACAUAUAUAAUUCAUCCGUGUGGGCCGCAGCAGAAACUACGGCGAGCAAUGGGCUCCAUGCUUACCCCUCCGCUCGGAUCCCCAACGUUCGGUGCUCCGAGAGCAGCCUCAUGCCCUGCGACGGCGAGGCCAUUGCCGGCAGCAUCGUCUUCUUGGGCCAGGACAGCAUGAUGGACGUCUACAUCAUCACCGUUGGCGGCAUCUACCGAGUCAUUCCGCCAGGCCUCUGUGCCGGCGGUGCUCCUCCUCCCGCACCGCCGCAGCAGAUGCCACCAUGGCUUACGUGGCUCAUCUCCAUCCUUGGAUUCAUUUUCCUGGUAGCAAUCCCAGCCAUCUCCUCGUGCCUGUGCGGCGGCGCAGGAGCAGCAGCAGGGCGGCCUACACCAAACUGGUACUUAAGCUUGAGCUGCUGCUCAUGGAACUGCUGCUCCAGUGGCACGACAAAUUAAUGACAAUACGACACAAUAACUAUAACACUAUAUAUACGCCUACUGGUGGUCAAGAAAUAAGGGUCGUCUACGGCUUGAGUUACUCGGUUUUAUUAUCAUUUUGUUCAUGUACAUAGCAAGUUUGUUUUUGUCACCAAGUUGUAGUUUGUCCAUGUGCAGAGUCUAGCUAUGUUGUCGAGUCGGGUCUGUGUAAAAAUACUAGCGAGAGUAUAUAUCCACGCAUCUUUGUGUGUUUGAAAAUUGGAACUCAUAAACAUAUGUUGUUAGGCUACAAUCAUAGCAUAUCUAUGCCACUAUAUGGUAGAAUUUAUUUGUUA